UUACGUGUGCAGUUUCGGUUUUCUGUAUCAAGAUAACCAGGAAAAUACAAUGUUUUUGUUUAAUAGCGGUGACUGACGUUUCUUAUCGAAUGAUAGUGUUUAUUUUUAAAAUGCAAACGUGUAAAUGUGGCAUAUUUCUCAUUUAAAUUGUUGUUACUUUUGCAUCAGGCGGUAAUUCUAUAUAAGCCAAAAUGAGCGAAGAAGGGAAAAGAGCGUUAAUUUUAGUAGGAGGCUAUGGCACAAGACUGAGGCCUCUAACUUUGAGCCGGCCGAAACCUCUCGUGGAGUUCGCGAACAAACCAAUCCUAUUGCAUCAAAUAGAAGCUUUAGUAGACGCUGGAGUAACGGAAGUCAUACUGGCCGUGUCGUACCGUGCCAAGCAAAUGGAGGAGGAACUUACAGUCGAAGCGGCCAAACUGGGCAUUACUAUAGUAUUUUCGCACGAGACUGAGCCUAUGGGCACCGCAGGACCAAUAGCAUUAGCGAGAGAACACCUCUCGAAAAGCACCAAACCGUUUUUCGUAUUGAACUCCGACAUAAUAUGCGACUUCCCGUUCAGGGAGCUGGCCAAGUUCCACGAAGGCCACGGAAAAGAAGGCACGAUAGUCGUCACCAAAGUCGAGGAACCCUCCAAAUACGGCGUGGUGGUGUACGAUCAAAACAACUGCAUCGAGAGCUUCGUCGAGAAACCCCAGGAGUUCAUUUCGAAUAAAAUCAACGCCGGUUUGUACAUUCUGAAUCCGAGCGUGAUCGAUCGGAUAGAACUCCGGCCGACUUCCAUCGAAAAGGAAGUGUUCCCUUUCAUGGCGACCGACAAGCAGCUCUACGCCUUCGAGUUGCAAGGGUUCUGGAUGGACGUCGGGCAACCCAAGGACUUCCUCACCGGGAUGUGCUUGUAUUUGAACCAUUUGCGGGAAACUAACAGCCAGAAGCUGUACAAAGGUCCCGGUGUUGUGGGGAAUGUACUGGUCGAUCCUACAGCCAAAAUUGGCAGUAAUUGCCAGAUUGGGCCUAACGUUACGAUCGGGCCGGGCGUUGUAAUAGAAGACGGUGUUUGUAUAAAGCGGUCGACGAUACUGAGAGGUGCGGUUGUUUGCUCGAAUUCUUGGUUGGAGAGCUGCAUCGUGGGAUGGAAGUGUCACGUUGGUAAAUGGGUGAGAAUGGAAGGCAGCACCGUACUCGGAGAGGAUGUUAUUGUUAAAGAUGAGACGUAUAUAAAUGGAGGGCAGGUUCUUCCUCAUAAAAGCAUCGCUACGUCGGUUCCAGAACCCCAGAUUAUCAUGUAGCUACAUUAAUCCACAUAUUUGUAAUUUUAUACGAUUUUAUUGUAUUGUGACUAUUUUAGUACUUGUUUGUAAGACAAUUAAGCCGGCAUAAUUGGUUAAAUUAGUGCCAUAAAAAGUAAUGGAAGUAUCCGAUAAUUAAAAUUGUAUUUUACC